ACCGACAGAGUCGCUAGUGUAUCACGAAUUCAUAUUUUUAUUUGGCUGUGUUUAAAUUCAUGUAUAUUUAUAUUCUUUAUACGUAUCCCUACGCGUUAUAACAAAUUUAUUAACAAUACUUGUUAAUUGUGGAUAUAAUGUUUAUAAAUUGUUAUAUUGUUUAAAACUUGUUUGCAUAAUAUUUUUGUUUUAACCUAUGCAAUGCUUAUUACCAUAGAAACUGUUAAACGUUACGUCGUUUACAAUUACUAUUAUUUAGUUAAAAAAAAAUAAAACAACAGAGCUCUUGUAUUAGUGGUUAUAAUUUUAUAACAAUGUCUAUGGACUAUACAGAACGUUAUAUCUUUGAAGCAGAAUGGUACGACAAGGUUGCUUGUAUAUUGAAAAAAUUUUAUCUAUAUUAUUAUCCAGCAGAUAAUACUGUUGAAUUGUUUGAUUUGAAAACAAAGAAAACGUUUUUAAGAAGAACCAAAUGCGAUGGCAUUCAAGCAAAAGAUUUUUAUGUUGGAGCAAUUGUAACUAUAUAUUCAAGAAACAUAAAAAUUACUGACUUCGCUGAUCAGGGUACGAAGACUAAAUUGCAAACGUUAACACAAAAGACUUUUGCAAUGAUAAAACCAGAUGUAAUGGAUAAAAUGGGGGAAAUAUUAAAACGGAUAAUGACUCAUAAUUUUCAUGUCGCUAAUAUUAAGAUGGUAAAACUUACCAAAGAACAAGUGACAGAAUUUUGUAAAGGGAAAGAAUCAGCUCAAUUACCAUAUAUUAUAAAUUUCCUUACAUCUGAACCUGUCGUAGCGCUAGAACUUUUAGGAGAUGAUGCUAUUGCACAAUGGCUAAAAGUCAUAGGUCCAGAAGAUAGCGAUGAAGCUCGUAAAACAGCACCAUCUUCUUUAAGAGCGUGUUACGGAAAAGAUAAUAUUCAAAAUGGUUUUCAUGGUUCUGAGAAUCCAGAUGCAGCGGAGCAUGAAUUAUCUUUUUUCUUUCCAGAUCAAAAAAGCAGGAAGAAAGGACCUGGUAAUACUGCAACAUUAAACAAUUGUACAUGCUGCAUUAUUAAACCGCAUGCAGUACAACAAAAACUUAUAGGUCACAUUGUUGAAGAUAUCCAGAAAGCUGGUUAUACAAUUACUGCAAUUCAACAAUUUCAUGUGGAUUCAGUUAAUGCAGAAGAAUUUUUAGAAGUCUAUAAAGGAGUACUCACAGAAUAUGGAUCUAUGGUAAGUGAGUUACAGUCUGGACCUUGCAUUGUUAUGGAAAUAACUCAUAAGGAUACAGAUUGCGAUGUACACACAGACUUUAGAAAAUUUUGCGGUCCAAUGGAUCCGGAUAUUGCUCGUCAAAUAAGACCAAAUACUUUAAGAGCAAAAUAUGGAAAGACGAAAGUACAAAAUGCUGUUCAUUGUUCGGAUUUACUAGAGGAUGGACCAUUAGAGGUUGAAUAUUUUUUCAAGAUACUUGAUGAAAUGUGAACAUUAUAAUUAUUGCUGCCAAGCAACCAUUACUUUUUCUUUUUUUUUUAUCAAGGAAGGAUUUUUAAGUAAAGAUGAACUUUAUUUUAAUUCCUUUUAUUUAUAAUAAAACUUUAAAUGCUAAUAUUUUCGUUUUAUUUAAUGGAAACGUACAAAACGUUGUGCGGUGUACGCCAGAGGGAUAAUAUAAAUCUUUAAAAGAAAACUUUCGUAACAUUUAUCUUUUAUCGUGCGGAACGUCAAUGCCGUAGAAAUCUCAACUCGAUAGUUUUAAUUUAAAAAGUUAACUUUUCCCGUUUCUUUUGAAACGGCUAUUAUUCUGAUUUAUGUGGCAAUCUAUUAUUACUGUAUAUAUAAGAGGUUUAUAGCAUUUAAGUAAACCAAAGUUUAUAUAAAUAGAUUAAAUGAAAUACUAAAGAAAGAAAUUUAUCUCGAGA